GUUAGUUUAGCUUUUAUUUCUUAUUUGUUAUAUUAUUAGUAAAAGUGUCAGAAGGGAGCGAGGUGAUGUAGGAGAAAGUGUGGUCAGUUUAAUCGUGAAUAAUAUCAUUAGAUGUGAGGUGGUCAGAGAAGUGGGUUGAGCACCAUGAGGUCUCAGGUUUAAUUCACAGCAGAGACAAUAAACUAGGUGAUUUCUUCCCAUCUGUUCUAGCCUUAAUAGACAGAGUUACCUGGUAUCUGAUGCUGGUGGGAGGUGGCAGGCAUCCCGUGGAAUUAGUCGAGAUGCGCGCAAGCUGGCCCGGACGCCACGGUUAUCGGAAAAAAAGUAUCAUUAGAUAUGAGGAGUAAAGAACUUGACAAAAGGAUGGUGAUUAAAGGAGGUCGUGAAAAGACUUUAUCAAAAAAAAAAAAAAAAAACAACGGAGGUGGUGAAAGGAUGAUUUUGCUCCGGGCUUUCCAAGAAAGAAUGAAUCCAAGAGGGUAGCAGGGGAGAUCUUGAUUGUUUGGGUCAUUGGGGUUUAAAUAUAUAAGUAUACAUAUUCUAACAAAGGAAAGAGAAAAAAAUGCAUAAUUACAGGAGAAAAUCAAGCUAUACUAUAAUACAAGAUCCUAGAAUAUUCUAGAACAUUUACGAGAUUCUAACAAUCCUUUUUAAUGCAAUUUCAUAUUCCCCCAAUCCUAAUUUAUGUAUCUUAGUUUGACUAGGCAUGGAGUAUAAGAAUGUAAUUUGACUUGAAUUUUGUGGUCUUAAACUAGGAUGCAUAUAACAUACCAAUAAUAUCCUUAAACUCCGUGCAAUUCACUCUGUUAUUGUUCCUUUUUUCCUGAAUGAUAUGUAAUGCUUUCCAUAUUAUUUGCUAUGUCCUCUUUAAUUCUAUAUUUUCUUUUUCUAAUUGAUUUGAUAUGCGAUACUUGAGCCGAGGGUCUUUCAGAAACAACCUCUCUACCUCAACGAGCUAAGGGUAAGAUCUGCGUACACUCUACCCUCCCUAGACCUUACUUGUGGAUUACACUGGGUAUGAUGUUGAAUCUUGUGGUCUUAAAUAUGUCAUGUCAUUCCUAUAAGGUAGUGUCAUUAAGGAUAAAAUAGGAACAUUGGAAUUAAAAACUCACUAAAUAUAAAAAUGUGUCAUUCUUUUUUAAUAACUAAGGAGGAGACUUAAAAAAGAGUGAGACACAUAAAUUGGAAUAGAGGGAGUAACAUUCUGUGUUUGGUGUGGUUGUCUGUAAAUGACUAUGUAGCAUGUGUGUUUGGGUUUUAUUGAAAUUUUGAAUCUGGGUAACUUAUAUGUUCGUCAAAAUUUUGAUUGUGGAAUUUGAAGUGCUUGUUCCUGAGAUGCUGGACAACAAGGGGAGGGGUUGCUGCUGCUACAUUCUUAUGUGGCUUUCAUCCAUGUAUAUCUAAAGAUGGCAUCAAGCAGAUGCAGAAGUUACAAACGGAGAUACGAAGAAAAGAUUAAUUCAGCUCUAAUUCAAAAGAGAUCAGAGCAGAACUAGGGAGCUGACAAAAUCCAAAAAAUUGAUCAGAGCCAUUUACCGGGGUCAGAUUGAACCAGCUAAACACAUUACGUAAACGUCUAGGUGCCUUCAGUGAGUGGUUGGAGUUAAGAUUCCAUCAAAACAUCUGUGAUUCCUUUACUCACCAAAAAUACUAGCAGUUUCUGGUGUUUUUAGUGUUUUGUCCAGUGUGGAAAGCAUUACAGAGAAAUUCAAGAAUUUUAAAGGCACUCCAAAAAUUCUUGAAAUCUAGUCCAAGGAAAGAUCUUUUGGAGUUUUACCAGGACAAGGAAAAGAAGCAAUUGAUUUUAUCCAAGUGCAAAAUGUCUGAGCAAUUCCCAAAGUUGAGUAAGAAGCAGUUGAAGACUCAAGAGCAAAAAAGAGUAUCUUCAAGUACCAAGGACCAAGCUUCUAGAAAGCAGGUCAGGAAAGGGGAAAACCCUCUCCGAAUUCUACCAGCUACGGAGCAGUAUGCAGAUGUGAAAUGUUCAAAUUCAUGGAUCUGCAAAAAUUCUGCAUGCAGGGCAACUAUUUCUAUAGAUGACACUUUUUGCAAGAGGUGCUCUUGUUGCAUUUGCCACUUAUUUGAUGACAACAAGGAUCCUAGUCUUUGGUUGGAGUGCACAUCUGAAUCUGGUCAGGGGGAUUCGUGUGGCCUGACUUGCCACAUUGAGUGUGCACUCCAACGUGGGAAGGUGGGAGUUGUUGAUCUGGGACAACUGAUGCAGCUAGAUGGGAGCUAUUGCUGUGCUUCUUGUGGUAAAGUCUCAGGAAUUCUUGGGUUUUGGAAGAAACAGCUUUGUGUAGCUAAGGAUGCUCGCCGUGUUGAUGUCCUCUGCUACAGAAUAUACGUGAGUUACAGGCUACUGGAUGGGACAUCCAGAUUUAAAGAACUCCAUGAAUUUAUUAAAGAAGCCAAGUCUAAAUUGGAGACGGAAGUUGGCCCACUGAAUGGAGUAUCAUUGAAGAUGGCUCGAGGUAUUGUUAGCAGACUUUCUAUUGCCAGCGAUGUUCUGUCAUUGUGCUCGAUUGCCAUAGAGAAAGCUGAUGAAUGGCUGGCAACAAAGACUAGCAAACUUCCUAGUUCCUCAGAGGGUUCACUUCCUGCAGCGUGCAAAUUCCUUUUUGAGGAAGUGACGUCAUCUUCAGUUGUGAUUGUAUUGAUAGAAGUAUCCUCUGAAGAUGUUAAGGGCUACAAGCUCUGGUACUGCAAGGCCAGAGAGGACACUUAUACAAAAGAACCUGUCUCUGUCUUUCCAAGAGCUCAGCGAAGGAUUUUGAUAUCGAAUUUGCAGGCUUGCACAGAGUAUUCUUUUCGGAUAGUUUCCUAUACAGAGGCCAGUGAUGUGGGACACUCUGAGGCAAAGUGUUUCACAAAGAGUGUUGAGAUAAUCCAGAGGAAGUCUAAUUCAGUAGCAGGACACAAGAGGAAGAUCAAUCAGGAUACUGGAGGAAGCUCUGGCUCCAAGGAAGGUGGCUACUACACUGGAAAAGACAUUGAAUUUGAUUCUGGCUUCAAGGUGCGGGACCUUGGUAAAAUUCUAAGACUUGCAUGGGCUCAACAGCAAGGCUGUUUAGCUGGACCUGCAUCUGCAAAAUGCUGCGAGUCUUGUACUGUUAAGCCUGAACCUGUACAGGAAGAGAGGAAGCCAUCUACUUCUCGCCAGCUUGACUUAAAUGUUGCUUCAGUACCCGAUUUAAAUGAAGAGUUAACCCCCUCAUCUAGAGAUGAAGAUAAUGGCUGCACUUUAGAGCAGACUGUUGAAGCAGAUGAUGAUGCCACCUCUCAUGACAAUGAGAGGAGGAAUGGUCUUGCCCGAUCACAUGGUAGUGGAGAUUCUCAAAACUGGAACCAGGGGAAGAAUGGAGAUGUUGAUUCUCAGAUGGAAGGUUGUCCGAAGAGAGGAGCUAGCAAUAAUGGUGACUCUGACAGCACCCUCAUCAAUGGUUCACCUAUCCGAAUUCGUACAGGGGGCUUGGAUGAGAACUUUGAAUAUUGUGUCAAGAUCAUCCGCUGGCUGGAAUGUCAGGGUCUGAUUGACAAGGAAUUCAGGUUAAAGUUGCUUACUUGGUUUAGCUUGAGAUCAACGGAGCAGGAGCGUAGGGUGGUAAAUACCUUCAUUCAAACACUAAUUGAUGAUCCAAGUAGCUUGGCUGGUCAAUUGGUUGAUACCUUUUCAGAAAUAGUAUCCAGCAAGAGGCCACGCAAUGGUUUUUGUUGCAAGCUUUGGCAUUAACUUAUCAAGCGCAUAAGGGACAGUCUUGCAGACCAUCUUGCCUGCUGUCUGUACGCUCAAUCUUUUUUAUUUUCCAUAGUCUCUAGUGAAUGAUUCAUUCGUGUAGCGGACAAGCCUGUCCAGCUACAAGAUCUGGGUUGUUAUUCAUGUAGACAGUUCUUGACUUUCUCCAUGGGAGAGAAUUAGAUUGGAGGAAAUUCACAUUUGUAGGAAAAAAAAUUCUCAUUUCUCAGCCUUCAUUGCAUUGAGAAAUUCAAUUAAUGACUUUUUGUACUUA